AGGUCCAGCUAAAUACUUGCGCUGCCUGCUUCUCCAAUCCUCGGUUUGCGAAGCUUCCAACGCUGAGAGAGCGACAGUAAUAAACUAAAAAAACGACCGCCCGAGCCCGAUUCGCGCAACAUCGAUAGUGCUUUCUACUCUAGCCUCGAUAUGCCGCCGAUGCCAGCGAACCGCGGUCCCCAGGGACCCUCUACUGUGGACAAACUCAAGAUGGGAGCCAUGAUGGGUGGCACUGUUGGCGUGAUCAUCGGCUUCAUUUUCGGGACUGUCAACAUCUUCAGAUACGGUGCCGGUACCAACGGCGUAAUGCGAACCCUAGGCCAAUACAUGCUCGGGUCCGGCGCUACGUUCGGGUGAGUGAGCCCGGGAGUACUGUGACUGCGUCUGGCGCAAGGCCUUCCUACUGAUGUCUCGCCUAC